AUGGCGCAGCCGCUGCUCCGGAAAACUUUCUCCCGGCUCAGGGGCAAAGAGCGCCUCGGGCGCAAAAAGGCGGCGCAGCGCAAAGAGCCAGAUCCUCCACCAGCUGCUUCAGAGUCUGUCUUGGAGUCAGAACUGUUGGAGCCCCUCUCACUGGAUAAUGGAUGCAGGAAAAGUGCUGCCAUCACUGUGUCGAGGAAGCAAACUGGGGCCAAGUUCAUGUGGGGCAGCCAGGAAGAACCUCACAACAGGAAGCUAUGCCAGAGCAGCCUGAGUACAGCAGAGGGAUCUGCUGACCUGGAUGGAGGGCUGUUUCCAGAGAGCUUGCCAUGUGCUGGCUUGAUGGGAGCAGCUGAAUGCUCCCAUCAAGCCAACUGCUCUGGGGUUUGCAAUUCCAGCUUUAGCACCAAGUGCAGCAGCCAGGGUGCCUACCUGCAGAGUCUGGAAAGAAGCAGCCGCCACUGGGUACUCUCUUCAGGAAAGACCCAAGGAGCAGAAGAGCCAGUAGCUUGCUCCAGGGCUGAGCUGAAGGAAGCCAAAGUGCUGUGCAGCACUGAUGGAGAGAUCUGGUACAACCCUAUCCCUGAGGAUGAAGACCUGUGCAUUCCCAGCCUUGAAAGGAGAUGGGGCAGCCAUGCUGAGGAUAGGGGCAAGAAAGGGAAGCCGAGGGAUGUUAAAGCUGCUCAGGAGUGUGUCCACCCUGGCUCCUUGCAGCCAGCAGCCAGUGAUGACUUGUGGAUGUUGCCCAAUCAAGCCAGGCCUGCUAAGCAGGCUGAGGAGCUAAGCAGCCUGACCCAGCCCUGUG